AUGGGUGCUUCAUCAAAAAUAAUUCAACUUCGAGUAAUUCUUUCAAAUAAAAAUUUAGGUCAAGUUAGUCGAAUUAGUUGUUCAAUCGCUGUCUAUACUAAUUUUGUAAUCGAACAUCAGUUAUUGAUAUUUAAUUCCUUAUUAUUAAUCUUCAAGAAUAAUAUGACAAUGUUAAAAGUACAAUUAAUCAUAAUGUUUGUUUGUGCACAAAUAUUUCUUAUUAAUUCAUUUGCACUAAGUCAUAUUCAAAGACCUUUUUUGCUCGAACCCGAAAGUGAAUCAAAUGAAUUGAUUUCGAAAAUUUUACAGAACGAAAUAUUAUUAAAUGAAGCAAAUCCAGGAAUAAUUACAUCUGUUGAUGCUUUAUUAGAUCAAACUGAUGGUCAUCCACGAAAUUUUCAAAAACGUGGACGACAAUGUUUAUGGAAAGUAUGUAGUUGGGCACUUGACAAACGUUCAUUACGUUCAUCAGUUCCAUCAUCAUCAUCAAAUUCGGUUGAUGAAUUAUCGAAAUUGUUGUAUUAG